GGCUCAAGGAAUAUCUACUGACACACACACGUCCUCUUCCGGGUGUGUUUGAAAAGGCUUUCACUGAGCUGUGUGUCGAAUGAGACCCACAGCAACUCAAACUCAAUCCGAGCCCAUUUCUAUGAAAAGAUCCGUGCAGCAGGACCGAGACGCGCUGUGAUCCGAGUGCAGGAAUGUCAGAAGCUAGUUUUGACUCGGAGAAGAAUGCCUCGCAGGAUAAUCGGUCGGCCCCUAAUGAGCGGGGCCCUCAAAAUACUGCAGACUCUCUGAGUGAUUCAGAGCAAAGCAAAGACAGCCUGGAUGAGACACACAUGACUGAAAUUGACAUCAGUGAGGACAAGGGAGUUGGAAACCACAAUUAUACUCUCAGAGAGGAUGAUGAUGAUGAUGAUGAGGAGGAGGAUUCUCAGGCCCAGAGUAAAACUAGUGGAAUAAUUGAGGAUAAAGCUGAAGCGGCGACAGAAGCUGAUGUGAAGGUGGCUAUGGCAGAGGAGGCCUACAGAAGCCCGGCUGCUCAAAUCUCAGUCACCAGAAACGGAGAAGCAGACAUGAGUCACGAGGAAGUGUUUCAGAGGGAUGUGCCACAUAAUAUCAACUCUGGACCAAUCACGUCACACUUCCAGAGUUCACCUGAAAACUAUGCAAUGAAUGAGGGAGUGGUCCAAGUGGGGCCGUACACAGGUGCUCUGACAGAGCAGCAGACGGCAGGAGCAGUGGUCCUCGCUGAUGACAUAAAGAGUCCUGCCAUAGAGAAACUGGAGCUGAUGAGGAAGUGGAGCAUCAACACUUAUAAAUGCACUAAGCAGAUUCUGUCAGAGAAGUUAGGACGCGGCUCUCGUACGGUUGAUCUGGAGCUGGAGGCUCAGAUCGAGGUUCUUCGUGACAACAAACGAAAGUAUGAGCAUGUUAUCAAGCUGGCGCAGACACUUUGCACGCAACUGGCGCAGAUGCUGCAGACGCAGAGACAGCUGGGCGAUGCAUUUGCCGACCUUAGUCUCAAAACACCCGAGCUACAUGAGGAAUUCGGCUACAAUGCCGAAACCCAAAAACUCCUGGCGAAAAAUGGAGAAACUCUAUUAGGAGCCAUCAACUUCUUCAUCUCCAGUGUUAAAACUCUAGUGGAUAAAACUAUAGAGGACACCUUGGUCAACAUUAAGCAAUAUGAAGCAGCAAGGAUUGAGUAUGAUGCGUAUCGCACAGAUUUAGAGGAGCUCAAUCUGGGGCCGCGGGACGCCAACACGCUCCCCAAAAUCGAGCAGUCUCAGCAACAUUUCCAGAUCCACCGCGAAAAAUACGAAAAGAUGCGCAUCGACGUCUCCGUCAAACUCAAGUUUCUGGAGGAAAACAAGGUGAAGGUUUUACACAACCAGCUGAUUCUCUUCCAUAACGCCAUCGCCGCAUACUUCGCAGGCAACCAGCAGCAGCUGGAACAGACCCUGAAACAGUUCCACAUCAAACUAAAGUUACCAGGAGGAGAAACCCCCUCUUGGCUGGAGGAGCACUGAUAAGAAAACCAAAACCAUAAAGCAGAAAUCUCUCGCUGUAUCACUCCUUUCACUCUUUACUCCUUUCAGGACACUAAAACUGUCAAUAAACCUAUGAGACGGGAACCGUUUUGAUGAAAGAGAAGUAUUUCGCUCCUCUCUCUGUCCUUGCUGUGUCUGAUGUUACACUUGAAGUUUAGUUUUUAAACAAAUGCUCUUUCUUCAGUCGGAGAGUUUGCACACAAUCUUGUUUUUGAAUCAAGUUACCAGCACUUUAAUGGUAGACGAAAUACAGACAAAUAAACCGGAAGAAAUGAAUGUUGUAGAGACAAAGAUGAUUUAAAAUCAAUCUGAGACUUCAUUCUACUUGCCUUUUUAGACCUCGCUGGUGUCAGCCUCUCCUAACCUUUCUUUAUGUAACCACACUGUUAUAUUGAUAUCAAAUACAUUGGCAUAAAUGUCCACACUGCCGCCGUAAAGGGCAUGUUGAUCUGAGAAGCUGACCGUUUUCGUAGCUGCGCUGUAUUUACUGUCAGGAGAAAGUGCAGGAUAACCAGAGGUUGUGAACUCAAUCGUUGGCUUUUUGUGUUAAAGUUUGCUAACGUGAACCUUUGAAAGGGGACGAGGCUUUGUUUCUGACUUGAUGUGCCUUGCUCUUCGUCAGUCAUCGUCAGUGUUGUGAGGAGGCAUGAAGAACAGAUGCUCGCACUGCCUUCCUACAGACCUCAGAAAGGACUAAUAAACACAGCCACACAUGCAUAUAGACCAGCAUCCUCUCUUUAACUUGAAAUUACAAUCUGUGCUAUCUGUUCUUAUGCUUUAUUUUUAUAAGCCUUGCAUUUCUUCGAUAACUAAGCCGGGAAACUAUUUUGUAUAAAAUGUAAACCAAACUGAUUUGACAUAAGAGAGCAAGUCAGCUGCAUGGGUUUUGUUGUACCUUCUCUGUGCAUCUUCUCUUUUUGUAAUGUUAUUACUAUAUAUAUCCAAAUCAUUCCCUUCUUAUUAUUGCAGUCAGUGUCUAAUGAGUUCAGCUCUUCAGAUACAGUCGUGUAACAUCUGGUCUGAUUAAAUUAACCCAGUUUCCACUCAUGAUGAUGAUGAGUUAAUCACAUGCUAACCUGAAAAAGCUUUA